AUGCAGCAUCCUUCGCAACAACCUGUUUAUCCUGGAUAUCCUACCCAUUCUCAAGGUGCUCCGGGAAUGCCGUCGGGCCUUCCACCUGCACCAUAUCCUGGCUACGUAUCUUCUUCUGCACCGUUUGCCCAUCAACUUCCUGGAUAUAUUUCAACGCAAGGUACAAGUUCUACUUCACAACAAUCAUCUCAAGCUCGUCCACCUAUUCCACAACAAAUUCAUAGACCUAACCAGCCUUCAGGUAUGUCAGGAUCUUCUGCGCCAGUUCCACCUUUACCGCUAGCGAUGGGAUCAUCUCCGCCGGCACCUCCAACACCUCCUAUACCUCCAGUUCCUUCAUCUAAAAUUGGUCGAACUAUCGAAGAUGAAACCGAAUUAUCCUAUAUGACUAAACGACAGAAAAUGGAAAAUCUUAUUUCGAUUGGAAGUCUUUUAUCCGGUCCUAUUAAUGUACAAAUUCAUUGUCCAACGAUUCCUGAAAAACCUGAAUGGAAUUGUCAAGGUCAAACCAUCGUUUUAGACAAUUUACCACUAAACACAUUCGUAUCUACAGUAAAGGACAAGAUCGCUGCACGAUUAAAUUUCCCUGCAGGCAGACAAAAACUUAUGAUUGGAGGCGCAGUAAUGAAAAAUCAGCUUUCGUUAGCUUAUUAUAAUAUGGAAGAUGGAGUUAUUAUUGGAUUAGCUAUUAAAGAUCGUGGAAAGAAAUGA